AUGUCAAAACAGUCUGGUAGUGGAACUCCACAUGAAAAAUGUCCAUUAUGUACGAAUGAGCCUCGUUCUAUGCCUCUUUGGUUUCAAGAGAACACAGAGACAUGGAUAAAGUGUGAUAUUUGCCUGGUUUGGUGUCAUACUAGUUGUCUUAAACUUCCUCCUGAUGAGUGUGACCGAAUUGAUGAAUAUCAUUGUCCUGAAUGUUCAAAAGGUCAUGGUCCUAGUACCUAUAAAGUCCGAAAAUCCCUUCGUGAACACUCUCGAGUCAAUUAUGCAGAUCUAGAUAAUGGCUUAACUGGUAAUCCUUAUAAAUGGAAACGAGUAAUUGACACUAAGACUUUUUCCAGACCUAAAUUUCCGAAAAUACGUGGUGAACAUUUAACAUUGGAUUGGGUACAAUGGCAUGGUCUUGAAGAACCAAUCAUUAUUGAGAAGCCUGAUGGGCUCGAUAUGAAAAUGCCACCGAGAGAUAUUACAGUUAGUAAUAUCGCUGAAGCUGUUGCAAUGCCAAAUAGUUCAUAUAAACUUAGUCGAUCAUUAAUUAGAAAAUGUCCAAUAGACGUUUCGACCCAACAAGAGCAACCCGAUUGGAACAUGUAUAAAUGGGCUGCUUAUUAUGAUGGUCCAAAACAUAAUCAAGUAUUAAACGUGAUCAGCUUAGAAAUUAGUGGAACUCCCUUAGGUGAUUCAAUAGUUCGUCCACGUAUCGUUAGAGAACUCGAUUGGACUGAUAAUGUAUGGCCAGCAGAAAUGAAAAAGUUGGAAUACCCAAAAGUACAACUCUAUUGCCUUAUGAGCUUAAAAGAUAGUUUUACCGAUUUUCAUAUCGAUUUCGGGGGAACUUCUGUUUUUUAUCAUGUCUUAAAAGGGGAAAAAGUAUUUUAUUUUGUUCGUCCGACUUCACCGAACCUGAAAAGGUAUGCAAGAUGGAUAUCAUCGCCAGAACAAUCAAUGACAUUUUUUGCAGAUUUAGCUAAAGAUUGUUAUGAAGUUCAUUUGGUUGCUGGUAAUACCAUGAUUAUUCCUACAGGUUGGAUUCAUGCUGUAUAUACACCUGAGGAUUCGAUAGUUAUUGGUGGUAAUUUCUUACAUGGGUUCAAUAUUGGUGGUCAAUUAGCUGUAUAUGAUAUUGAAAAGCGCACCAAUGUCCCACUUAAAUAUCGUUUCCCAUAUUUUGAAAAAAUGUGUUGGUUUGCAGGGAAAAAAUACUAUGAGAUUCUUAAAGAAAAUCCAAAAUGUUUAUCAACUUGGGAAGAGAAAGGAAUAGUUGAACUUGCUAUAUUUUUGUCAGAAUUGUCUAGAAAACUUGAUUCAGAUAGUGAAACUUCAUCUCAAGAACGUCAAAUUAUUAAAUCAAAUAUUCCAGAAGAAAUUCAUAAUCAUUCUAAAUUGGCACGAAGAUUAUGUCGAAAGAUUAAUGAUCAUAUAUCAAAUAGUCGAUUCGGUGAAAGUGAAUUUGAUUCCGUAUUUAUUCCAGAUAUAUCAAAGAAAAGCGUUAAAACCAAGAGAAAUGUUAUAAGACUUAGAGAUCCUAAUAUCGGAAUAUCCAAAUCAACACCACCUAAUGACGAAAUACUUAAUAAUGAAAUACCCAAUGUUGAAAUACCUAAUAUCGAAAUACCUAAUAUCGAAAUACCUAAUAUCGAAAUACCUAAUAUCGAAAUACCUAAUACCGAAAUACCUAAUGACGAACUAUCUAAAUCAACACCACCUAAUAAUAUGAAUCCACCACCACCGAAAAACCUUAGGAUAAGGAUUGUGAGUAGAAAACGCAAUCGUAGCAAUACUGAAACAAAAGAACAAGAGAAAACUAACGAUGACGAUAUUAAGGUCAACAUUGUUGAGCCAAUGGUAAAACGUAGGUCUAAUACUGAUAAAAAAUACAACAUAAAUAAUGAUUUAACUAGUAAACAUAUUCAGAAGAAUAAGAUUUUGGAAAAAGAACUGUUUUCCCCUUCGACACCGCGGAGUGACAGUACAAUAUCAUCAUGGAACGAUGCAGAAAUGUAA